GAGGAGAGGGGAGGGACAGAGGAGAAGGGAGGGACAGAGGGGCGAGCUACCAGGGUAGGCGAGAGCUGCAGACUGGAGCGAAUCCGAACUAGGGGUAGGCAGAAGAAUCUUGAAGAGGCACCCACAUGGUUGCGCCCUAGACAGGUGCCUCUUCUGCCUACCCCUAGUUCCCCUGCCUGAUGGUAUCCCCCGUGCCAGCUGCGUGAGAGACUCUAUAGUCUGUGCUGAGCCGGGAGUGAAGAGCUGAGAUCGGCCGCGUGUGCGGGGGGAAUCAUUUAGAUGCGGCACAUGAUAUUGGUUGAUCCCAGGAAGCCGAGGAAGGACUGUUCCCUGCAAACCCUGGGAGAUGGUGACAUAUGAGGUGGGUUGGCAGGACCAUGGUUGAGAGGAGCAGCAAGUUUCUGCUGAUCGUGGUGGGGUCGGUGUUCUUCAUGCUGAUCUUGUACCAGUAUGUGGGGCCAGGGAUGAACCUCGGAUCUCCCAGCAGAUAUUACCAGGAGGACGCCGACCUCUUCCCGACCCCUGACCCUCACUAUAUCAAGAAGUUCUUCUUCCCAGUCCGGGAUCUGGAGCGCUCCCUCACCUUCGAUAUGAAAGGGGACGAUGUCAUUGUGUUUCUGCACAUCCAGAAGACCGGGGGCACCACUUUCGGGAGACACUUGGUGCAGAACGUCAGACUGGAGCUUCCUUGCGACUGUCGCCCCGGCCAGAAGAAGUGUACCUGCUACAGACCCAACCGAAAGGAGACUUGGUUGUUCUCCCGAUUCUCCACUGGUUGGAGCUGUGGCCUCCACGCCGACUGGACCGAGCUCACCAGCUGUGUGCCGGGGGUACUGGGCAACAAGGAGAUCAACAUCAAAAGGAAAUUUUAUUACAUCACUUUGCUGAGAGAUCCAGUUUCUCGAUACCUCAGUGAAUGGAGACAUGUACAGAGAGGGGCCACCUGGAAGACUUCUCUCCAUAUGUGUGACGGAAGAACGCCUACUCCUGAAGAGCUGCCAUCUUGCUAUGAAGGCACAGACUGGUCAGGGUGCACCUUACAGGAGUUUAUGGAGUGUCCCUACAAUUUGGCCAACAAUCGUCAAGUCCGGAUGCUGGCGGACCUCAGCCUUGUAGGAUGCUAUAAUAUGUCUUUUUUACAAGACAGCAAGCGAGCUCAGGUUCUUUUGGAAAGCGCCAAGAAGAACUUAAAAGACAUGGCAUUUUUUGGGCUCACAGAGUUCCAGAGAAAGACUCAGUAUCUCUUUGAGAGGACUUUCAACCUUAAGUUCAUCAGGCCGUUCAUGCAGUACAACAACACACGGGCUGGUGGAGUUGACUUGGACAAUGACACAAUCCAAAGGAUUGAGGAACUCAAUGACUUGGACAUGCAACUCUAUGACUAUGCAAAGGAUCUCUUCCAACAGCGCUACCAGUUCAAAAGACAAAUGGAAAGGAUAGAGCAACGGAAGAAGAACAGGGAGGAGCGACUUCACCACCGCUCCAACGAGGCAUUUUCCAAGGAAGAAUCCGAGGACCAAGUACGCUGGCCCACAGAAGAUUACAUGAGCCAUAUUAUAGAGAAGUGGUAGAUCAGAAUGGACUUUUAUACUACUAGGGUUCACAUUUGUUAAUUCUGUAUUGUAUAAAAUCAUGACCGUUCAAACGAGAAGACUUUUUAUUUAAUAUCUGUAGCACAGAGUUUAAUAUGUCUGCUGUGGUUCAUACUCUUAUGGAACGGAAAUCACCUAUUUAAUGUAGCAAAAAAGGGAUUAUGCAGAGUUGUCAAUGCAAUAACGUAGAUACCCAGAGCAUUGCUAACUGUCUUUCGCUAUUUCACCCUGAACGCUGAUGGUCAACAAAUAACAGCGAUACGUUUAAUGGAUUUAGUUAAGUUCAUCUCCAAGUUUGUUUCAGGUACAGGUAUCUUUUAUAACACUGUUUUUUUCCAGAAUGGAUGGCUUGCCCCUACAGUCUUUUUUUAUUAUAUGCAAUUAGAUUUUCUUUAGAGUGGACCAAAAUUUCAUCUUUGUGCAAACAAUAAUGGUGGUAUUUCUUCCAAUUUAAUAAGUCAUCCUAGCAGAGCUAUACCUGUCUUUUUUUUUUUGUUUCCUCUUAGGGUUUGGCCACAUGGGCAGAUUCGGGGAGAUUAGUCGCCAGGCAACAAAUCUCUUCUUCUUCACAGCGACUAAUCUUCCAAAUCUUCUGCUGGCUAAAAUGUAAAUCGCCUGGGGGCAGGCACACGGAACGCUUAGUUUUCCGAAGUUGCCCCCAGUAUCCUCAUGAGGCAAUUACGGACGACUUUGGAAAACGAAGCGCUCCGGUGCCUGCCC